CAAUCUCUGGGUCUCUCUCUCUCUCUCUCUAUAUAGGCAUCACCAUCUAAACCCCUCGAUCCCACCAACCAACUCAUCUCCCCAUCUCUCCUUCUUCUUCUUCUUCUUCUUCUUCUACUUCAAGAGAAGAAGAAACAAGAAGACGGGCAAAAUGGCUGUGGAGAUCUCACCAGCGGCACAGAUGGACAGGAUAAAGACGGUGGUGGUGUUAGUCCAGGAGAACCGCUCCUUCGAUCACAUUCUCGGCUGGAUGAAGUCCAUCAACCCGGACAUCGACGGCGUCAGUAACGACCGCGAGCUUUCCAACCCCCUCUCCGUCUCCGAUCCUAACUCCUCCCUCGUCUACUUCGGCAACCAAUCGGUGUACGUCGACCCCGACCCGGGCCACUCCAUCCAGGCUAUCUACGAGCAGAUCUACGGCGUCCCCUUCACCGCCGGCGUCACCCCCAUCACCCCUCCCGGAAUCGACUCCCCGCCCAUGAACGGCUUCGUGCAGCAGGCGGAGAAGGAGAAGCCGGGCAUGUCGUCCAUCGUGAUGAACGGGUUCAAGCCGGAGGCGGUGCCGGUCUACGAGAGCCUGGUAAGGGAGUUCGCCGUCUGUGACCGGUGGUUCGCCUCGAUGCCGGCCUCGACGCAGCCGAACCGGCUCUUCGUUCACUCGGCGACGUCGCACGGGUUCACGAGCAACGACACCAAGAAACUGGUGGCCGGUCUGCCGCAGAAGACCAUCUUUGACUCGCUCCAUGAGGCCGGCCUCUCCUUCGGCAUCUACUACCAGUAUCCGCCGGCCACUCUCUUCUACAGGAACCUUCGGCAGUUGAAGUAUGUGGGCGACUUCCACCCCUUCGAUCUAAAGUUCAAGAAACACUGCAAGAAAGGGAAGCUGCCCAACUACGUCGUCAUCGAGCAGCGCUACUUCGACCUGAAACUCCUGCCGGGGAACGACGAUCACCCCUCCCACGACGUCUCCGAGGGGCAGAAGCUCGUGAAGGAGGUGUACGAGGCGCUGCGGUCGAGCCCUCAGUGGAAUGAGAUCUUGUUCGUCAUCAUCUACGACGAGCACGGCGGCUUCUUCGACCAUGUCCCCACCCCCGUCCGAGUGCCGAGCCCCGACGACAUCGUCGGACCCGAGCCGUUCUACUUCAAGUUCGACCGCCUCGGCGUUCGUGUGCCCACCCUGUUCAUCUCGCCGUGGAUCGAACCUGGGACGGUGGUUCACCGCCCGUCUGGCCCACACCCGACGUCCGAGUUCGAGCAUUCUUCCAUCCCUGCCACCGUGAAGAAGAUCUUCAAUCUGAAGGAUUUCUUGACCAAGCGAGACGAAUGGGCCGGGACAUUUGAGACGGUCCUCACCCGGACAACCCCGAGAACAGAUUGCCCAGAGAUCUUGCCGGAGCCUAGGAAGCUUCGACCGACGGAAGCUGCCGAGACUGCGAAAUUAUCGGAGUUUCAGACGGAGCUGGUGCAUCUUGGAGCCGUCCUUAAUGGUGAUCACGCCAAGGACAUCUAUCCGCACAAGCUGGUGGAGAACAUGACCGUGGCCGACGGGGCUCAAUACGUGCAGAACGCCCUGAAGACUUUCUUGGAGGAAUGCGAGAAUUGCCGGAACAACGGGUUCGACGGCACUCAUGUCGUGGUGGUGAAUCCAGCAAGGGAUGCAACAGUGCAAGACACGAGAUCCUUGUUGCAGAAGAUGCUGUCGUGCUUGCUGUGUAACCGGUCUUAGCAGAUUGAAUCUCAAAGUGUAGUGGAUUUCACUGGACGGAUCGUCGUAUCAAUGAACUCUUUGUUGAUGAACA